ACUAGUAUUUCCAAUUACCGCAGGUCUCAGCGGUAGAAUUUUACAGAGAGCACUUGAAGGCAGCAGGAGAAAGGACAGGAAAUGAAAGCUCUGUUUUGGACAGACAUUUGCUCCGAGCAGACGGUGAGUCUCUAAAUGAAGAUUUCUUGCUCGAAACGUCUUUUUAAACUGUGUACGUUGUGUCGUCAAUACUAAAACGUAUAGACAAAUGGUUGACAGGUCCCUGCUAACUAUGUUAACGUUACUAGUAUCUGGGAGUGCAAAGUUAGAUAAAAAUAAAAGUAUACAAAAGACAAUGUAUCGUGUGUACUCUAGCUACAUUUACUGGUCGGUUGAGCUGUCGCCCAAAUGAUGCUCCACGAACCAAGUGAGUUUAUUUGCUUCUUAGCAUGUGAAAGAAAACAACGGGGCGGUUAACUGUCUGAUUGAAAAAUAAUGUUAUUGAGGAAAACUGACGCAACAGUUAACAAUUCAAACUUUACCUGUCUAACGCAGCGAAAUCCUUUCUCAAUUCACAGAAGGGUAGAAAAAGACAUGUACCAAUUACGUGGCUAUGGCGUGAAUUAUUAUCCCAAAUUGAUCAUAUUGAUCUGGCAGCAGCAGGACACCUGCUACCUGUUUGAACAUGGGCGCCAAGUCGGCUGCAGUUUGACCUCAUAAAUGGAUCAGGUUUUUGGUGUCAGUUGCUCAACUGAACAGCCUGUCCUGACUACAGAGAAUGGUACAUCUUCUCCCUAAACCGUGAGUCCUGAGCCCGGCCUCUAGUCUCCACCAUGGACAAUGUGGAGGAGGACCUGACGUGCUCUGUGUGCUACUCGCUGUUCUCUGAUCCGCGAGUCCUGCCGUGCUCACACACCUUCUGUAAGACCUGCCUGGACAACCUGCUCCAGGCGUCUACCAACUAUUCCAUCUGGCGUCCCCUCCGCCUGCCGCUAAAAUGCCCCAACUGCCGCAGCGUGGUGGAGCUGCCCCCGAUGGGCGUAGACGCUCUGCCCACCAACGUAUGCCUGCGGGCCAUCAUCGAGAAAUACCAGAGCGACAGCGCGCCGCGACCCCCUUCCUGUCAGGAGCACCUCAGGCAGCCUCUUAACAUGUACUGUAUCCAGGAUCGGCAGCUGAUCUGUGGGCUGUGUCUGACUGUCGGCCGGCACCAGGGCCAUCCCAUAGAUGACCUGCAGGCGGCAUUCAUCAGAGAAAAACCGACCCCGUCGCUACUGCUGGCCCGACUCUCUGAGCAGAGAUGGGCACAGGUGUGUGAGCUGGGGGAGCAGCUGGAGCAGGAGAAAGCCCGCUGUGAGGGUCUGGUGAGGCAGGACCGACUGGAGGUCAAUCAGUUUUUUCAGACGCUGGAGGUGGUGCUGGCCAGGAAGAGACACGCCUACCUGGAAGCCCUGGACAAAGCUGGGGCAGAGGUGUCCCGGGCCUACGACCCACUCAUUCACAAAGUGAAGGAGCUGCAGGAAGAGCAGCUGGACCUGGUGUCCUUGGGUUCAUCGGUAGAGGAGGAGGACUCGCCGCUGGUCUUCCUGGAGCAGGUGCAUUUGUUCCGAGAGAGGGUGGAGGAGUUUGUUAAAACCCCUCUGCCCUCAGUGAUAAACCUCUCCGUCACCCCGCGGGCCGCAGAGCACCUUCAGCAGCACUGGCCCGCUGUGACCAUCGGGAGCCUGGAGGAAGCGCCUGUCCCCAAGGUGUGCUGCUGCGCCAGAUGUGGCUGUGUGGAGGCCGGGGUGGAGGCCGGAGAGGGAGCCGAUGCUGGAAGGGGCCAGUCCGGCAGCUGGGCGGAGACGUUGCGGCCUACUUCUUCCGCGGUGCUGGCGGGGGGGCUGCUGCUGCUGCUGGUGGCUGCGCUGUGGGUCAACCCGGUCGGGGGGGCGUCGCUCGGUUUCUCUCUGCUCUCCCAGUUGAGUCAGUUAGUCCACGGCCUGAGCAGCGAACUGGUCACGUCUCUCUGGGACACGGCGCGCUCAGCACACGCGGUGAUGGAGGCCACGGCAGAAAGAUGGAGCUCUCACCUGUCCUCAGUGGGUGAGAAGGCCUUCCAGCAGCUGGCUGCCUUAUUCAAAACUCUGACAUUACACUGAAACGCACCAAACGGGAGCCCUCGGGUUUCAUUUAGAAGCUGAGAGAGCCCCACUGACGCACUCCUGUGGUCGAGGACCACCUUCACCCGGUUAUUUUAAACUGUCCUGGCAAAUAAAAUCUGCCAAUGAGGACAUUCAAGGCACGUUUAGCACAAAAAUGAUCAAUAUAAAAUUUGAUAUAACAAAAGUGAAAUACUAAAAUUAGAGUAGAAAUAAUGAGAGCUUUUUAAAUGCAUUAACCAUGUUGGUGAUAAUGUUGAUCCGUGGGUGGACUUUUCCCUUUGGCCUUACUUCAAACAUUCCCAGUCGUCCUGGGGAAAGCAUAACCUGCACAGUACAUGAAAGGUUUAAGCUCUUUAAAACAUUCUUUGGCACAGUUCAUGCAGCCGUUCAUCUUUUUAUGUAUUGAACUGUGUUACCGGGGAAUUUGUUUUCCUGGGUAGCUGUGCUUCUUCCAUAAAAGGUAGUUGUUAACAUAGUUAAAUGGUUUCUUAAGUCAAAUUAUGAACAACAUGGAUCAAAGGUUUGUGGCUGUGUUUCAGUUUGAAUAAUAGUGUCAUGAUGUAAUGUACGAUUGGAAGACUGCACAGGGUUUGUUUUGA